UAUAUAUGCAUGGUCAUUUAAGCGGAAUUUCCCUAUUGGCUUUAACACCAUCUGCUUCAAACUGAAAGUAGGCUAUCCAAUAUUUUAUUUCCCUAUAAGAAUGGUAAAUAAAAGAAAUAACAGCAACAGCGCUGAGUAGCUAGAGGAGAAGAUCUCUGCUAAAAGAAUGGAAGAAAUUGAAGAAGAGAGACGCAUUCAUCAAAAGUCCACGCCCCCCGAAGACGGCAAUGACUCUAUAGAUGAUACCUCUCCUCUGAUUUCGCUGUCUUCAGAUCAUACAGAGUCGAUGGGAUGGGAUGCGAUAGAGGAGUGUGCCGGAGUAACUUCCCCUGUCCCUGCUGUGGGAGAAACGCAGGGACAAAGAAGACUGAAAAAUGCUUUUGCGAUUUCUGAGACAUCGACAGAGGAGUGGAUCCAACAGGCAGUGUCUGCAAUACCACCAUGUGAUGUUUGCGAUGUCUGUGAAAAGAGUUAUCCACAUCAUGAGUCUAUUGAGUUCUGGAGGAGUGUUGAAGAAUGCUCAGACAUCCGUACACGAUGUCACAAAAAGUUCUAUAAAAGACUUAUCCAGAGAUUCCGGGAAGUUUUUCCGGAGGAGACCACUUUAAGAAACAAGCGAACAAUGAAUCUUCUGAAAAAUUUACUACAUAUAGAGGGAACAGAUGACACAGUUGAGGUUCAUUUUGACAAAUUUGUCAGAGUCCUUAAAUUCUUUGGGCCAGUGAAGCUUUCUGGACAGAGAUGUAUUCUACUAGAACAAUUGCAGCUUUUAAUAGAUAAAUCAUUGAAAAACAAUCAACGAAAAGAGAAAAUAAGUUGGUUUGCUGGCGAUAUGUCAAGACAACAAGCAGAAAGCAAGUUAGACCCAGAACCUAAUGGAACUUUUCUUAUCAGAAUGAGUCAAAACAACUCUGAACAUGGAGAUUUUGUUUUGUCUGUUAAACAAGGCGAUACUGUCCAUCAUAUUGAGAUCAAAGGACAACCAUUGAAAGCCUUUGCUCAACAGCCCUUUUCAAGUUGUUUGUUAUUUAGAGAGAAAGAAUACUCUUCACUAAUAGACCUAGUUGAGGAACUAAAAUAUGACUCGAUAACGGUUACUGGAGAGGAGGAUGGAUCAGAGGAAACAGAGGUGUGGUGCAGCGCCAUCUGUCCGGGACUUCCGCUAAAUUCCGCCAUUACAGGGUACAAAAGAACAAAGGCAAAGCAAUGAGAACUGUUGUUUAAUUGAACUUUGGUUAAUGUUAAUUGUACUGUUGACUGUAUUUUGGACUUUUAAUUUGUUUUAAUUAUU